AUGGCUGUUCUUGUCGCGCAGAUCGCUCUUGCCCUUGGCCAUUCUAUCCAUCUUCUUUACACUCACAAGACUUCAAAUGCAUGGGAUUCAAUAGCAGAAAUCUUGACUCUCGCAAACAACCCACACCUAAAUUCUCAGGCACUUCAACAUACCUCAGCUGGCAUCCGGAGCCUAGAGACGUACAAGGAGAUAGAAGUCGUGCGUGUGACCGAGCCUAGGGACCAAGCUGAGAAGACUUACGGUGGCCGCAUCGAGCUCGUGUUUUGCGAGAAUGGUGGAAGUGGAGGUACAUCAGCGUCGCAAAAGCCGGCUGCCCCCGAUAUCGCCAAGCAUACCCCGUUGCUCUGA